AUGGCGAUGCUGGCCACAGGGCUAUCGGCUCUCUUCGCCUGCCUGCUCUAUCUGAUCAUGUCUCCAUGUGAGCUACAAAUCGGAUUUGUCGGCGCACAAGGAAACCGCAUUCUCAUGAAAAUGAGCUUCCAAUGGGCGUUCUACUGUGUUUUUGCCGUAGGUCUUCUUGCGGUGCUCGUCGGCUUGAGUCUGAUUCUUCUCCAACACUACCGUGUCUACACUCUCUCGACGUUCCUAGACGCCCGAUUGGAUGAGGCUGUCAAUCCCAGCAAAAAUAAACAGACUGACGUCGCGGAGGAUCUUCCAAACAGCUUGCAAGUCUCCUCUCCUGAUUUGCGAUCUGACAGUACCGCUUUGCAGGUGAUGCGACGCACAAAGGGUUCCGCCCCGAGCUCUGUCACGAGCGAGAAAAAAGCGUCUUCAAGUGGAUUUCAGUCAAGAACCAGUUAUACCGGGUCGAUGAGGAGCCAAUCCUCUUUCGAGUCAGUACAUGGCGAUCUUCAGCGAUCGCCAUCAAAUCUGACGAUUGAUGACGAGCAUCGACCGCCCCGCGGCCCUCGAGAGUCCAAAAUUGCGGUUACCGUCGAACAUUUCUGA